AUGAACGAGGAAUAUCAAACCCAGGAGGUCUUCCUCAAGGAAAUCAUGAAGAGGACAAGAGGAAACCCUGGAUGGAAGCUUCGACCGUACACCACGGGUGUUAUCUUGACCAAGUUGAACAUAUGGGCGGAUAAUUGGACGACAACGGAUUUUCCUUCGAGGAUCGCCAAGCACAUAGAGCCGUGCCCCAAUCCCAUGGUCUGUACCUUCAAGCUGUGGUGGAACGAGCCGCCCUUUGAUAAAGGGCCGGCUGUCUAUGGUUUGGGCUCAAGGCCGAUGGUACGUGGGCAUCGUGAGCACGGUGCUGCCGCUGACCGGCAGCAGGACGAUGUCCAAAUCCCGGAUCCUUCGGACGAAGAAGAAGAGGCUCCGCGCAGGCCCAAGAAGCCAUCCGUGAAGGCCAAAGACGUUGAGGGUGACGUUGAGAUGAGGGCAGUGUCUGACGAGGAGAGCGAGGGAGUGCGCCCACGGGAGGUACGGAAAGGACAGUGUUUGAAGGAACCUGAGGCAGCAACUGACAAUUCCAAGUCUGAAUCUGCCAGCACUGCCAAGGCGCCGUCGGCAGCCCCUGCCCAGCAGGCACCCUUGACGUUGGGCGGAAAGUCCUCGAAGAAAACUGCCAAGAAGGCCCCCCCUCCUGGUGCCUCUUCCAAGGCAGGAAGUGAUGCCAGCACUGACGCCACGGCCCUGGAAGACGACACGCCAGCUGCCCCGGCAAAGGCCACCAAGACCAAGAAGCAAGGUGCGGCAUCGCAGCCAGAAGACGCUUCACCCUCUGCAUUGGCAGGGGGGAAGUCAACGGCAGGCAGCGCCAAAGCUACCCAGGCAGCAACAUCUGGGAAGGACAAAGGGAAGGCUGCCGCUCCGGUGACGUCGAACGCCGCCUCGAACCUUUUCGACGAACCGGUGCCCGAUGUCCAAUUGACCACACCUGCCUCUUCGCCUUUGAUGGAUCCACCCCGUGGAGGAUCCGCUAUUCCCAUACAGCCUGUAGGCAACUUGGCCCCUCCCAUCAGCACCUGGGGCCCACCCGACCCCAAGAGAAUGAAGGAUGCCGCAACCACUGCCGGUGAGCACUUACCCCCCGAUUACCCGUUCCCCAAAUUGCGUGUGCCAAAGCGGACGCCAGGUCCUGUCAGAGUCGAUUACGAGGAGCGCAUGCUCCUGGCGUCAACUGCCAUGAUGGAGUUCAUCAGGGAUUCGAAACCUGAAGUCAAAAAGGCAACGAACUCAGUUGCGGCUAUGGCGGAGAAGGUCAAUCUUAUUUAUGACAUGCUGAAGACGUUGGUGCCGCCUGCCGCUGAGGCUGGCUCGGCAGAGGCCGAAAGCAUUGACGCGGGUGCCAACCCGGUCCCUGCCGAUGAGGGCAUUCUUCGUGAUAUAUCUCCAGUCGAUCUAGUCUCCGAUACACACGCAGUGAACGAAUCCACGUAG